UAUAUAGUGCUUGCUAGUUGCUUCCUAGCUCAUUUAUUCAUGUCCGUCCUACUUUUGCCAUGGAGCUUGAGCUUAGUCUAGGGGACUCUCCAGCUCUGGCUAAGUGCACUUCCACACCUAUGCUGACACCUACAUACGCAGGUAAAGAAGACCAUGAGCUUGUGCUGGAGCUAGGCGUAGGAACAGCCAAAAGAACUGAACAAGACAAUCAGAAGACACCCAAGCAACCAGGAGAAGAUGCGCAGGAUCAGGAAGAUGAUGGUGAAGCAUGUUUUCGAAGCGAAUCACCUGUCGAGCUAAGCCUCGGCUGCCCGCUGCUUCCUGCCUCAGCAGAAACAGGGAGUGCGAAUUCAGAGGAGUGCAGACGAGGAUUUGAGGUGAACACUGUUGUUGUGGAUGGAGAGUCAGCACAAGGAAGAUCAUUGUCGACAUCGUCCUUGCCUAGGGAGGUUUCUGUUCGGCAGGCAGCUGAUCAGGAAGCUGCAGAGGAUGAGGAGAAUAGUGGGGUCGGCAGGGGAGUGAGGAAGAAGCUAAGGCUGUCCAAGGAACAGUCUGCGCUCCUAGAGGAUAGCUUCAAGGAGCACAGCACACUGACCCCAAAGCAGAAGAGCGAUCUAGCGAAGCAGCUGAAACUUCGGCCACGCCAAGUGGAGGUCUGGUUUCAGAACAGAAGAGCUAGGACAAAGCUAAAGCAAACAGAGGUGGACUGCGAGUAUCUGAAGCGUUGCUGCGAGGCGCUAGCGCAGGAGAACCGGAGGCUCCAUAGGGAGGUGGCGGAGCUGCGUGCCCUGCGGACUGCCCCGUACCCGUUCUACGGCCAUCUACCUGCUGCAGGGUUUAGCACUGCCUGCGUGUGCCCCUCCUGCGAUGACAAGGUCAUCGCGGCUCACCAUUCCUCUAUCACUGCAACAUCACUGGCGGUGCCACCGCCGUCGCCGGUGUCCACCUUGUUCGCCAGGCCUCACUUCGGACCCUUCACCAUCCACCCGGUGCUCCGCCGCCAGCCGUCAGCGACCUCUUGAGGCGCAGUCUGAAAUAAAGCUCAUGUGCAUAACUGUAGAUUGCAUACUGUAAAUAUGUAGGCAUGUAGGUACUUCUGUUCAACCAAAGGUCAAAAUACCAUUAGGGAUCGAUGCAUGCAUUGUUAUUGUCCAUAGAAGAAAAGGUAAACUUUGUAUAAUGUGUGUAGUUGAAUAGUAGACCCGACAAAUUGAUGUUUAGAUGAUGCAAAGGAUAUCGUGUGUGUCC